CGUCCCGCCCGCCCGCCAUGGCCCUCGCGGGUCGCCGUAGCGGCGGCGGCGGCGGCGCGGCCGGGCCGGCGGUAAAGCAACCUCCAAGAAAGGGAGAAAUUUAAAGGCACCAUCCUCCCCAGAAGGUUUUGUUCUAGGCGUCUGUCCGUCUUAUGUCUGCUCUGGAAGUGGUGCCUGUGAAGAAUGACGUCGAGAGGUUCUGGGACUGCUUUCUCAAGGAAGAAUUACAGGUUGACCACUGAGCCAGAGAAGUCCAAGGUCACAGGGAUCGUGAACAGCAGGCUGCUGAAUGAUUAUCUGCAUCGAGUCUUUACCACUGCUGAUGGGAACCAGCCUGCAGCUGCUUACAGGAAGCACCUGACGUUCCAGAACCUGCAGGAGCACCUUGAACGAUUGCUGGCAGAGGAGAAUGGUUCUGAAGACACCAGGGAUCAGGUAGCAGAGGGCCGGCUUGGUCCCUCCACUGUGGUGUUGGACCACACGAGCGGCUUUGAGGGACUCCUGCUGGUCGAUGAUGACUUACUUGGGGUGAUUGGCCACAGUAACUUUGGGUCCAUCAGGGCCACAACGUGUGUGUAUAAAGGGAAAUGGAUUUAUGAGGUGCUCAUCUCCUCCCAGGGACUCAUGCAGAUUGGCUGGUGUACUCUCAACUGCAGAUUUAAUCAGGAGGAAGGAGUUGGGGACACGCCAGAUUCGUAUGCCUAUGAUGGAAACAGGGUGCGCAAGUGGAACGUGACUACUACAAACUAUGGCAAAUCCUGGGCAGCAGGAGACAUCGUCAGCUGUCUGAUAGACCUUGAUGAGGGCACCAUUGCUUUCUGCCUGAAUGGCAUAUCUCUGGGAACUGCCUUUGAUAACAUCACGAGGGGUGCUGGAAUGGCUUAUUUCCCUGCCAUCAGCCUCUCCUUCAAAGAGUCCGUUGCUUUUAACUUCGGAAGCCGUCCACUCCGUUAUCCAGUGGAAGGUUACCGGCCCUUGCAAGAUCCUCCCGUGGCAGACUUGGUGAAGGCUCGGAAGCUGUUGGGCUACUUGAAGAAUGUGAUCCAUAUUGGAAUAGAUGUGACGGAGGGGAAGCUGGUGGAGAAAGACACAUCCAUGUGGCAGCUGCAGGGAGAACCCACAGUAUUGAUUACAUUAGCUCACAUCUUCAAUUAUUUCUCCCCCCUUAUGUGCAAGGUGUACCUGGUGGAAGAUGUGCUCAUGACCUUCCUGUUGAGCAUCCUUGAGCGAGGAGGGGCAGUGGAGGCCCAUCCCCUUAUUCAGCAGCUGCUGGAUCUCAUGUGGCUUCUUAUGGAGGAGUAUGAAGUGCAUGAGUGCCUCAAGCAGCUACUGAUGUCCCUGCUGAGGGCUUACAGGUUCUCCCCCAUCAUCCCAGACCUGGGAUUACAAAUCCACUACCUCCGGCUCACCAUUGCAGUCUUGAAGCAUGAGAAAUCUAGGAAAUACCUACUCAGCAAUGUCCUCUUUGACGUGCUCCGUUCCGUUGUGUUCUUCUACAUCAAGAGCCCGCUGCGUGUGGAGGAGGCAGGUUUGCAGGAGCUCAUUCCCACCACGUGGUGGCCAAACCGCUUCACCAAGGAGGGCAAGGAGAGCAAGGAGGUGAAGGAGGAGAGUGCUGAGGAGAGAUUGAGGCGUCGGGCGUAUGAAAGAGGCUGCCAGCGGCUCAAGAAACGCAUUGAAGUGGUGGAAGGUCUCCAGGUUCAGAUUCUGAAGUUGCUGCUGAACAACAAGGACAGAGGAGGGGGAGAAGCCUCCAGAUACAUCUUCCUAAACAAAUUCCGCAAGUUUCUUCAGGAAAACGCUAGCAACAGAGGGAACUUGACUGUGCUGUGCCCACCAGAGUACAUGGUGUGCUUCCUGCACCGGCUCAUCGCUGCCCUGCGCUACUUCUGGGAUGGCCACAAAGCAAAGAACCCAGCUGCCCUGAGCAGUGAAGAGGCGUAUGUCCCUCCUCAACUCUUCUAUAAUGGGAAGGUGGAUUAUUUUGACCUUCAGCGACUUGGGGGUCUUUUGUCUCAUCUUAAAAAGACUCUGAAAGAUGACCUGGCUGCAAAAGCCAACAUCCUGAUUGACCCUGCAGAGCUGCAGGCAGUGACUAUGGAUGAUCUUGAUGAAGAUGAGGAAUCGGCAACAUCAGCAGCACAGUCCCAGCGCCCCUCUGCUGCCCUGGCCAUUGGUGGAGCUCUUGCCAGGCCUGCCUGGCUCAGCUCCCCGACCCUGGGCCGGGCCAACCGGUUCCUGAGCACGGCAGCCGUCAGCCUGAUGAACCCACGGCGGCCCCUCGGUACCCUGGAGAAGAUCAAGGUGCUCACGCUGCGCGUGGAGCAGCGCACCAGGGAGGACAUUGAAGGCACCCAUGGAAAUGAGGGUCUUUUACUGGGCAGACCCCCAGAAGAGCCAGACCAGCCCAUUACUGAGAACUCCCUUCUGGAAGUCCUGGAUGGGAUAGUGAUGAUGUACAACCUCAGUGUCCACCAGCAGCUUGGGAAGAUGGUUGGUGUGUCAGAUGAUGUGAAUGAAUAUGCCAUGGCACUGAAAGACACAGAGGAAAAAAUCAGCCGCUGCCCAAAGAGGAGGAGAGACAUCCAUGAGGAGCUGCUGAAGAGCCAAAAGGUCUUCUCUGAGAAGCUCAACCACCUGAGCCGGCGCCUCGCUUGGAUAAAUGUCACCAUUUACUCAAAGGAGAAGAUGCAGGAUAUCUACUGGCUGCUGCGAGUGUGCAUCCGCACCAUCGAGCACGGUGACAGGACGGGCUCGCUUUUCGCUUUCAUGCCGGAAUUCUACCUCAGCGUGGCUAUGAACAGCUACAGUGCACUCAAGAACUACUUCAGCCCUGUCAACAGCAUGGAGGAACUUCCAGGCUAUGAAGAGACCCUUAUGCGCCUCGCUGCCAUCCUGGCCAAGCAUUUUGCUGACUCGAGGAUUGUGGGCACAGACAUCCGGGACUCCCUGAUGCAGGCGUUGGCCAGCUACGUCUGCUACCCCCACUCGCUGCGUGCUGUAGAGAGGAUCCCAGAAGAGCAGCGGAUCUCCAUGAUGAAGAACCUCCUGGCUCCCUAUGAGCAGCGACCCUGGGCACAGACCAACUGGAUCCUCGUCAGGCUGUGGCGGGGCUGUGGCUUUGGGUACAGAUACACACGGCUCCCACACCUGCUGAAAACCAAGCCUGAGGAUGCCAGCCUCCCCAGCCUGCAGAAGCCGUGUCCCUCCACCUUGCUGCAGCGGCACAUGGCAGACCUGCUCCGCAGCGACCGCGACCUGGCCCCCAGCUUCCUCAACAGUGUCCUGAACCAGCUGAACUGGGCCUUCUCCGAGUUCAUUGGCAUGAUUCAGGAGAUCCAGCAGGCAGCAGAGCGCCUGGAGAGGAACUUUGUGGACAGCCGGCAGCUGAAGGUGUGUGCCACCUGCUUUGACCUGUCGGUGAGCCUGCUCAGGGUGCUGGAAAUGACCGUCACGCUGGCACCGGAGAUCUUCCUCGACUGGAACCGCCCGUCGUCAGAGCUGCUGCUUCGGAGGCUUGCCCAGCUCUUGAACCAAGUGCUGAACCGUGUGACAGCUGAAAGGAACUUGUUUGACAGAGUGGUCAACCUCCGUUUGCCAGGGCUGGAGAGUGUGGACCAUUACCCAAUCCUUGUGGCUGUGACAGGGAUACUGGUCCGGCUGCUGGUGGACUCUGAUGUUCAGGGGACAGCUGCUGGUGGAAGUUGUGUGUGAUAGAGCUGUGCUGACAUGGUGACACAUCCAAGUGCUGCAGCACACAGUGAUGGCUGGAAGGGAGCUCAUUGGAGCUCCUUCAUCCUGGACCCUCUUAGGAAGACAUCAGAAUCAGAGCUCUCUGGCUGCCCAGAUGUGUGCCACAAAGGUAAGACGAGUCUUCUCCAGGCACUUGGGUGAUGCUGAUUUUAAGAUGAAACUGAUCUUGUCUUUAUGGUAGCCAGUUACACAGAAGCAGCACUAAGGGAGUGUUGUGGAUGGAGAAAGCCACAGCUGACCUGAUCAUUUAUGUGUCUGUGUCUGCUUGUACCAAGUCCUGCAAAUAGAUUUAUUCAGACACUGCAGCCCUGCCUUUGCUGUCUCCCAGUGUCGUUUGCAGGUGUCUUGCCUGGUCACUCUUUGCUGUAGGAGAUGGGGCUCUUCUGCCUGUGCUGCACAUCCUGCUUGUUUUCAUGUUUGGAGAACACAAUAGUGGCUGGCUUUGCACAGAGCAGAGUCCCAUCUGGCCGAGUGGCUCAGCCCUGAAGCCAGUCUUUCAGCUUCUUCUCUCAAGGACUCAAAGAUGUACACAAAUAUAUCUAAUUAUAACCUGCCUCCCCUGGCUGCUGCACCAGUCUCACAGCCCCAAGUGUGACAGUGCCAAAACCUGGGCACAAGGUCAUUGAUCAGUGGCCUUUCUGUGCUGGGAGCAGAGGUGGAUUUUGCUUGCCCUCAGAACCUUGCUCUGUGGAAAGGGCAAACGUCAUGAAUUUGAUGCCACAACUAGACAUUUCUUCCUGAAGGGAAGGAGGAGGUGAUAAAACAGUUCCCUGCUAGGAUGAAAAGUCCUUCCCUGCCUUUCUCCCUUGAACAUCUGUCAUGGGUCAGGUCACUUGUCACGUCAAAAUGGGGAAGGGGAAGGAUUGUCUCGCAGUUUAUCAAACUCUAGAGAACACUGGGAAGAUGGUAGUGGGAUAUCAGUCACAUCCUUCCUAGGCUGCAGGGAGUCCUGGAGAGACAGAAAGCUUCCAGACUCUGUCCUUUCCCUGAAAAGCCAGUUGUGCUUUGUGUUUGUGAAUUCCAGGCAGCCAGUGUCAUCACCAAGUGGCAGUGUCCCCUGUGUGCUAGCAGCAUCCUCCAUGCCUAGGGCUGCACCAUCACAAACCAGAGACAUUGUGCUCGAGGGAACUGGUGUUCAAAUAUAGUCUCUGAUGUUCAAGGGCUUUGUAGUCACUUCCCUGAGCACUGGAAAGAGAAAUAAAUGCAAAAUAGUGGAAUGAUGUGUGAAAAGCAUCGUGUCCUUAAGGUGGACCUAAUGGAGCAGGAGAAGCAGAAGGUGGAACAGGAGGAAGCCCAGGGAAAAAUAUCCAUAAAGCAGAAUUAUUCUGUGUGAUUUUGCAAAGCCAAGCACUAAACCUGAGGUUUGAUACGUCAGUGAUCUAUAAAAGGCAAGCAAAUGUUGCAGGGGAGCCACUGAGGUCAAUCAAGACAAAAGAACCAAGGCAGGCAGCUUGGAGACCCUCUUCUGCUGCCCGAGCAGAGGGGAUGGCAGAGACCAGCAGAGAUCAGAGGCAUGGGGAAGGGAAAACUGAGUCCCCACACUCUUGGCAGCACUCUGAAUUGAGGACUGGGUGUUGCACCCCACUUACAGAGCAGUUCUGCUCUGUGCAGCCACACUGAGAAAUGACAAACAGAUGGGAUGGAGAAAACCAAAAAACUGAUGCUUUUAUGUUGUCUUUGUAUACCUCGAGGGCUCAGCCCUAGUUUCAUCCUCUGUCUGAGGCACCAUCACUACAGGAUGCUGAAACCUGAGAGGUGCAGCUGGGGUAACAAUCACCCAAAACCCAGGGAGAUGGUGCAUGUCAGUGAUGGCUGGCCCAGAGCACAGCAAUGGGAAGCAACUGUCUCCAGGUGCAUGAGUAAGAGGAGUAGAACGGGUGAUGGGAGUCAGUCAUGGGAGAUGACUGCUGUGGCUGAAGAGAUUUAAAGUAUGUAACCAGGCUCUCCAGAGCAGACCCAUUUAUGUGAAGUUAUCUGUAGACAGCUUUCCUUUUUCCUUUCUCUCUGUCAGGAUAAUAGGACAGGCUUUUGUCCGUCUCCAGAAGCACUCUGCCUGGGCAGUGCUGAAAGCUGGUAGAAAUCUCUUGGAGGUCCCAUUUGGUAACUCCCAGAUUAACAGAAAUCAUUAACAGAGAGAUUUUCCAACCCACAUUUACAUGUAGAAAUGUCCAUGUGGGAAUUACCAGGGACAGGGUUCCCUGUAAGGAGGCUGUGCCCCAGAGAAUGAGGACAGGGACAAGACCUUGGGAGACUUCCUUGGCUUGGCUGUUUUUUCUGGUUGCCUCUAACCCAGCAAGCAGACACUGUGCCAGGCACUUCCACUUGGUUGGAAGGUGCUGCAAACAUCUGGGACAUAGGGAAUGAGCUCAUCUGGUAGUGAAAGAGUAAAGCCCCAUUUAUGGGUCGAGAGCAUUGCAGUGGGGAAGUAAGUAAGAGCCAGGGCCCUGCCAACUCAUCCAGUCACGCUAUCAGGCUGCAAUCAGAUGCCUCAGCUGCUCCUUUCCCAGCACAGGAUGCUCAUCCAGGCAUUGGGUUCUCUUGCUGUGGACUCCUGGCAUCAAGCAGAGCCAUUAAGCACAAGGAAAGAGAGCGUUGCCCAGGCCAGGCUGUGGUGAGACAGUUGAUCCAUCAUUUGCUGUAGUCCCUGGAUGGAGCAGGCUGUGUUUUGAGUGAGCAGAAGUGCGUUUCCCUGCUGGGUCAGGCAGGAUGGGCUGCUGAUGGUGAGUGCCUCCUCCCAGCCCUCAGGUCUGGGAGCUGUUGGGCGGCACUGGGGAGUGUCAGGGGCUGGCAGGGCCGAGGGCAGGGAUGUCCCUUUGCUCCCUCUGCCAGCCUUAAUGACUGAGUGGGGAGGAGAGGAAAGGCAGGAUCUGCCAGGCUGAGCCAGGAGCUGGGCUGAAUCCACACCACAGACCCUGGCUGGCUGCAGGCAGCAUCAUCCCUCCGUUUGUCUGCUUGCUGAAUAAUUGAGCAGAUUUUCUAUUAAGCCUCUUUCAGAGUGAGCUAAUGCAGCAGUGUUGGCCAGAGCUGGUGUCAGGAUCCUGGUGAGAGUGAGUGGCAGGGGAAGGGGUGAGGCCCAGAGUUGAGGCUGUGGUUCCCUGUGUGUGAGGGCAUGCUGUAAUUAGGACUGGCUUUGUGGGAAGUUGAGCAGCCAUCCCAGAGUGGAGAUGAGCUGUGUUGUGUCAAGGCAGGGCCACUGCUCUGCUGCUUGGGCUUCCCCCGUGCUCCUUCCACCUCCUCAGAGGCAGGGAGGUGAUGCUGUCAGGGAGAGGAGAGGGUUGGGACACAUGCAAGGAUGUACAAGUCUGUACAGGAAAAGUCCUAAAGAGCCUUCAAGGUGUAUC